AUGAUCGAGGCUCUGUCCGAGUGGCCAGGCAUUUUGGGCCAGCCAGCUCUCUCCCUCAUUGGACCACUACGCCCGGACGUCCCUCCGUUGAUCAAACGCCCGGAUAGUGUGGUCGGUCAUUACUCCGGGAACGAGUUUAGUCAUACAUGCGAAGUUGUCGCUUAUCCCCCCGUGACGGAACCCGUCUCCUGGUCUCGAGAUGACGAACCCAUUCUUAUGAAUGCAGUUGAUGAACCUUAUGUGUCCCAGUUGGAUUGGACCGGACGUGUUCGGUUUGAAACGGUGCGUGUACCGAAUGAUCGAAUAAUCUUUGACCCAGUUAUGCCGGAAGAUCGUGCAGUGUACUCAUGUGUUGUACGCAAUGCAGUUGGUAAUGCGACUGGAGCCAUGUUCCUCCGUGUCAAAGACCGCUGGGCAGUUUUCUGGCCGUUGAUCGGAAUCAUACUUGAGGUCAUUGUUAUGGUCGUAGUCAUAUUCAUGUACGAGAUGAAACGACGAGCCAGUAAAAAACGUGAAUCCGAAUUGAACGGUGAUUUGGAUGUGGCCUCAAAACCUGCGGGAAUUCGCUACAGUGGUGGUACAGCGACAGAUGACAUCGCCGAGUUCAUCAGUUCCAACGCCCAGCAUGCUCGCAUCGAUGAACUCGGUGUUGAAAACCUAGCAAAUGAGAUUGUGAACAACUUUGCCGCCUCAGACUACGGAAUCCACUCGUGGAUGGCUGAAGAAUUGACCCCCAGUUCAGCUAAUGAUCAAGCGGUCGAAUGGAUAUUUGUCACAGAUUUAUUGAAUUUUUCUUUUUGGAACAAACCAAGCUACACCGUGGAAUAUCGAGGCAAACAACACACUGGGUAUUGGGCUCUGUGUGCAGCCGUAAAUCGAGCAAUCGAGGAUGGUGUCGAUUUAUUAGACCCCAAAGUGUAUGGAAAUAUUUCGGCAUCAGAUUUGCGUCAUUUAUUUCGUCCUACUGCUGACUCUUUUGAAAUUCCUUUGUUCGAGGAAAGACUGCGUUUGUUACACGAGGCGGGCGAAACUCUUUUAAAUCGUUUUGAAGGGAAAUUUUUGAAUGUCGUUCAAUUGGCUAACCAUUCUGCGGUACGGCUGUUAAACCUACUGUGCGAUUACUUUCCUUCGUUUCGGGAUACGGCGCAUUUUCGUGGCAAAGAAGUCUCGUUCUUAAAGCGGGCUCAGAUACUGGUCGGGGACUUGUGGUCUUGCUUUGGUGGCAAAGGAGUCGGCAUGUUUACCGACAUUGAUGAGAUAACUGCUUUUGCAGACUACCGAAUACCGCAAGUUCUGGUUUAUUUCGGUGUGCUUCAUUAUGACACAGAGCUAUGUAGUUUAUUGCGAAACGGACAAUUGAUUCCAAACGGUAGUGAAUGGGAAGUGGAAAUCCGAGGCUGUUCACUGCAGGCGAUCGAGAUGACGGUUCGGCGAGCUCGAGCCAUCAUGGCGGAACGGGCUCAAAAUACCAAAAAAUCACCUUUCUUGUGCAACGCUAUCCUCGUGGACAAUUUCCUGUGGACCUAUCGACGAAAACAUGCGGAUCAAAUUGAAGAAACCAUGCCCAUGCAUUGCACGCGGUGCAUAUUUUACUAA